UGGUGACAGCGCCUACGUGGGGAUGAGUGACGGAAACCCAGAGCUCCUGUCGGCCAGUCAGACCUAUAACAGCCAGAGCGAGACCAACGAAGACUAUGAGAUCCCCCCGAUAACACCUCCCAACCUCCCUGAGCCAUCCCUCCUGCACUUAGGGGACCACGAAGCCAGCUACCACUCACUCUGCCACGGCCUCACGCCCAACGGUCUGCUCCCUGCCUACUCCUACCAGGCCAUGGACCUCCCGGCCAUCAUGGUGUCCAACAUGUUGGCCCAGGACAGCCACCUGCUGUCAGGCCAACUGCCCACGAUCCAGGAGAUGGUCCACUCAGAGGUUGCUGCCUAUGACUCAGGCCGGCCAGGGCCCCUGCUGGGCCGCCCGGGGAUGCUGGCCAGCCACAUGAGCGCCCUCAGCCAGUCCCAGCUCAUUUCUCAGAUGGGCAUCCGGAGUGGCAUCACCCACAGCUCCCCGUCACCCCCAGGGAGCAAAUCAGCGACCCCCUCUCCCUCCAGUUCAACCCAGGAGGAGGAGUCGGAAGCACAUUUCAAGAUCUUGGGAGAGAAGAGACCCUCAGCUGACACAGGAAAAAAGGCCAAGAACCCAAAGAAGAAGAAGAAGAAGGACCCUAAUGAGCCCCAGAAGCCAGUGUCAGCCUACGCACUGUUCUUCAGAGACACUCAGGCUGCCAUCAAGGGACAGAACCCCAGCGCCACCUUCGGUGACGUGUCCAAAAUCGUGGCCUCCAUGUGGGACAGCUUGGGAGAGGAGCAGAAGCAGGCCUACAAGAGGAAGACUGAAGCAGCUAAGAAGGAGUAUCUAAAGGCUCUGGCAGCCUACAGGGCCAGCCUCGUCUCCAAGAGCUCCUCGGACCAGUGUGAGACCAAGAGCACUCAGGCGAACCCACCAGCCAAAAUGCUCCCACCCAAGCAGCCCAUGUAUGCCAUGCCAGGCCUGGCCUCCUUCCUGACGCCCUCGGACCUGCAGGCCUUCCGCAGCGGGGCCUCUCCUGCCAGCCUCGCCCGGACGCUGGGCUCCAAGUCACUGCUGCCAGGCCUCAGUGCAUCCUCCCCACCACCACCACCCUCCUUCUCACUCAGCCCCCCUCUGCACCAGCAGCUGUCACUGCCCCCCCACGCACAGGGCGCCCUCCUCAGCCCACCUGUUAGCAUGUCCCCGGCCCCCCAGCCUCCCGUCCUGCCCACCCCCAUGGCACUCCAGGUGCAGCUGGCUAUGAGCCCCUCGCCCUCAGGGCCACAGGACUUCCCUCACAUCUCUGAGUUCCCCAGCGGGUCAGGGUCCCGUUCACCUGGCCCAUCCAACCCCACGAGCAGUGGAGACUGGGACAGCAGUUACCCCAGCGCGGAGUGUGGCAUCAGUACUUGCAGCCUGCUCCCCAGGGACAAAUCGCUCUACCUCACCUAAUCCCGCCUCCCUUCCGCCCCCUCGCUGAGGCUCGCUGGAGGGCUUGCUCAGAGCCUGAGGGGCUGACUGCAGAAAAGAGGCCUUGGCAGGCAGCAGGGUGAGCAAGAGACACGAGGGAGCAGUGACACACCAAUGCCCAGGGCUGAGUCCCCUUCUCCACCUCCCACGCCCACCGCUGGCCCAAAGAACCUGCAGGAACCUUCUGCCC